AUGAUUUCCUACAAAGAUAUCUUUACAGACCUUGAAAUGAUCACUGAUGAUUAUAAAAUGAGACUAGUUGAUGAUGUUAUUUAUGAAGUUGAUUGUAAAUUGAUUAAUAUAUACAACGGUUCUCAACUACAUGAUCCAGUUGAUAGUGAUGAAGACAACGAAAAUGUGAUCGAAGUUAACGAUGUUAUUCACAACUUUGAUUUAUCUGGAGAAAUUGAAUUGACUGACGGUAGACAGGCGUUUAUGGAGCUUUUUAGAGGUUAUAUGAGAAAAGUUCAAAAAGAUUUAAAGGAUAAUAAACCUGAAGAGCUUGAAACUUUUAGAAAUGGUAGUAAUAAAUACCUAUCUCAUAAAGUUGGUCCAUCAAUUAAUAAUUUUAGAUUCUACUUGAGUUUAUUCACAAAUGAAACUGAUACUAUGCCUGUUAUGGUUAAACAUCUUGACGAUGGCACUCCGUUAUAUGCUUGUUUUUGGAAACAUGGCUUAUAUGAAGAGGAAAAAUAG